UUCAUUUGUUUGCAAUUAGUAUACGUACGUCAUAGGAGUUUUUGCACAAAGAAUUAAAGAUGAAAAGGUAUUCAUAUUACAUUGUUUGCUUUCCAGAUAACUCCUAGACCCAUUGAAUGACUGAUUUACACCAAGUGAAGGAGUGACACAGAGCUGGAUUUGAAAAUGGUCUCACAAGGAAGAUAUAUUCUUUUUAUCGAGAUUAUUUUCGUCUUUCUCGGUAAUUCCCUCGUCAGGAGUGUGAUAACAGAUUUACGCCUUGUUGGUGGUCCAACCUCCAAUAAAGGCACAGUUGAGAUCAGGAUAGACAAUGGAACAUGGGAGACAACAUGUGGAGUAAAUCUUGGUAUCUUUGACGUCAUUGUUAUCUGUAGACAGUUGGGAUUCGCAGGAGUCAGUAGAAGAAUAUCGGUCACACCUUAUGGACAUCAUUCAACUCCCAUCAGAGGGCUGGGUUGUAAUGGCGGUAAGUAUUUCUUUUAUUAG